AUGGCUUCUCAAGGCUCAGGCUUAUGCUCAUGCUGUCAUCCAGAUUGCAAACGAGCAAUGACUUCCAAAGAAGAGCAUAAUGCAUCUGAAAGAGCGGCUAUGGUAGCUGUGAAUCUGAUCAGCUCUGCGCGUGUCAUACUUGGGCUGGACAGUGAGUUCACUGAGUACUCAGCUCAGUAUCUGGUGGACAACGCUGGUCCCAAGAAGGAACUCGGGCAGAGAGAACUGGAGCAGCAGCGCCGCGGGGUAACCAUGCAAGACUGCGUGGAAUACUUGAGGGACAUCGCCAAUCCAAACAGUCAGGGAGAAACGGAUCAGCAGCCACGCCGCGAGCUAACCGUCAAGGAUUGUCUUGAAUGUGCGUUCAGAGAAGGGAUACCGAGACAAGAGCAUUGGGGCCAUCUUGGAUGUGUGUUCAAGGUUCCACCAUUUGCCUCUCUCAUUCCUCGCGUUCCGAUGAAAGGAGAAGUGAUUGAGGCUAAGGAAUUGGAGGAAGCGUUUGAGUUGUUGGGGAAGCAACCCGUUGGAGCAAAGCUACAUGUGUUCAGUCCGCAGAUCGAUAGCGUUGGAGAGGGAGUCUACGAUGGCCCAGGUGAAGGAACAAGCUAUGUUGGACUCAGGGACGUGAUCAUAUGCAGUGUGGAGAAGUUCAAGGGAGACUCUAUUGCGAAUGUGAAGAUCUGCUACAAGAAGAAAACGUCGUUCAUGAAGGUGUCUCUCACUCGUAUGUUUGCCAAACUAUCGAGUGAUGGCGACGAGUCUCAGGGCAUAAUGCCAACGGGUCUCCUUGUCGACUUCAUCAUCCCACGCCUAUCCAAGUAG